AUGAAGCGCCCGCGCCCGGUUGCCGUAUCAGACGAGUCGUUCUCCGCGUACCUCGCGCACCUUUCGGCCCUCGUCAGCAUACGGACGGUCACCAGCGACGCCCACGCCACCGCGGCAGGCAUCGAGCACUGUCGAAAGGCCCUUGUUGCUCUGCUCGAGCCGUUCGGCUGGCGCGUGAGCACCGAUGUGGAGGGCAACCUUCGGUGCGAGCCGCGGUCGGACGCCAUCGACCCUUCGCGGCCGCUGCUCUGGCUGUGCGCUCACAUCGACACUGUGGACGCAGAUCCGGUCGACUUUGGCGGCCACGACCCAUUUUCCUGCCGGGAGACGCAGUCGCACCUGGUGGGACGUGGCACAAACGACUGCAAGGCGGGCGUCGCGUUCAUGCUCUGGUACGCCGAGCAGCUGGCGGCCGGGGCCCUUCCGGCAUUCAACGGCGGCUUCUUGGUGACGCGCUACGAGGAGGCCGGCUCACACCAGCCGCGCUCGGCGACCGCGUUUGCUCGGUCCCUCGCGUCUGGCGAGCUUCAGCUGGCCGAGGCUCCCCACAAGACGUUCUUCAUGAUCCUGGAGAACACGGUCAGGCUACGCCCGGCUGGCGCGGCUGAGAUAGGCGUCUACGAUCGCGAGAGGCAUUCCGUGUCGCUCCGGUGCAAGGGCGGGCUCGCGGCGCUGGGGUCUGCGCUGCUCGCGCUGGAGGACCAUGUGGAGUGGAAGACGGUGAGCAUCUGGCCGACGAACGUCUCGGAGGACGCCGCGCUCGGGGCGUUCGGGCUGGCCGGCUCGGCGCUCAGGGUGCUAGCGCAGGAGGGCGGACACUCGUGCACAGUGCGGAACGCAGACAACCACGUCUGGAGGCAGCUCGUGCGCGCCGCCGUCGGAGGAGGGAGUGCAGGCGACGGCGACAACGGGGCCGGCGCGGCGCUGCCCGUGUCGACGGUGCUCGCUUGGUCUUCGUCGCUCACGGACGGCGGGGCCGGCGGGAGCGAUGCGGCGCCGGGACUGCUGUGGAGCGGCAGCGAGGCCCAGCCGACGCGCGUGAGCUCCAGGGUCGCCGUCCUUCCUCGGGAGGCCGUGGCGGAGGCCGUGGUGCGCAGCGUGGCUGAUCGCGCGGGAGGCGGUAGAGGGCGCGAGGAUCGAGCGGCGACGGAGGGCUGCAAGCCACCGAGCCUCGCUGCGCAGCUGAGUGCGGCGGCGUUGGGCGGAGACGUCGAGCACACACUGCUCCUCAAUUACCGCGGCCUCCGCCCACUGCGCGAGGUGCGCGCCCAGAUCGCGCAGCUGGAGGCCGCGCUCCCGUCGGCCGUGCACCUGGUCGGCGACGACCUCGAGGGCGGUGCGGGCGCCCAGCAGGCGUGUUUCGUCGCGAGCUCCUCUCUGCCACGUGUCCUCGAGGCUGCCAUCGACGGCAUCAACGACGGUGCCGCCAACGAGGGCACCCUCACGCUCAAGUACGAGCCCAACCCCGGCCGCUCAGACGCGUCGCACUUGUGGCGCGGUCUGCCGGAGGAGCUGCGGGGCGAGCGCGUCGUCCCCUUCACGUGUGGGCCGGGCCACCGCUCGCACCGCGACGCGGAGGGCACCAUGCGCAAGACGCACGGGCCCAACGAGGGGUUCCACAAGGCGGCGGGUCGGCAGGUGUUGCCCUUCUUUGUCGCGGCCGUCGCCGCGUUUGCCUUACCCGAUCACAAGUAUGAUAUGUGA